GGGUAAAGGCCCCUUCAGGCUCGUCCCCUUCAGGGAUCGGACGAUGCUGUUGGCAGCCAGCAGGUCCGGUGGCUCCGUGUUCCUGCAGCGUGGGAACCUCAGCACCGCCACCACCACCAGCACCACCAGCAGCCUCUCACUGUUUAUGAUGACGCCGGGCCUCAGCAGAGCCCGACCACACGACACAUCACGUGUUUCCUUUGAGGCGGCCGACAGACCAAACUACUUCCUGUAUGCGAGCCCCAGCGGCCAGGUGAGAAUGGCCAAGUGGGAGGAGAGCGAGGCAUUCUGGGACGGGGCCACCUUCGUCCUCCACCGGAACACCUGGAUCCCAGGCUACGACUCACUGGAGUCCCACGCCAAACCCGGUUUCUUCCUGCACGCCACGCUGCUUCGCCUCCACCUGCUCAAAUACAGACACGCCGACACUUACCGCAAGGCCACGCUCUUCAGACUGACAGGCCCAAACCCAGAAUCUCCGCCUCGUCCUCAGUGUCAGUGGAGGUACGACUCCUGCGUCAGCCCCUGCUUCAAGACCUGCAGCGACCCGUCAGCAGAAGCCUGCGUCACCAUCCCACAAGUGGAGGGCUGCCUCCCUGUCUGCCCCCCUCACAUGGUCCUGGACGAGGUCACUCGUCGUUGUGUUUAUGUGGAAGACUGCAUUAAAGCCCCUGUUGUUGUGCAGCCUGUAACACCACCCGCUGCUCAGCUGACCUCUGCUGCCUCCACCUUCACCCCGAAGACCACAGUCACCACUGAGUCCUCCGCUCCUCCACAUGAUGCUCCAACCACUAAAAUCACCACAGCUUCUCCUGCUGUCAGCACACACACCACCUCCACUAUGGCACCACCAGCCCCUGACGAGCCAACCCGACCGGUCACCGCCUCUCCUGAACUUUCCAGAACAGCAGGACCUCCGUCUUCCCAAACAGCACCCACUGCUGUCAAGCCAGAGGUUGUGAUGUCGACUCUCAGAGAGACCGAAGCUCCUCUCACCACUGUAACAAGUACAACAGCAUCGACGCCUGAGGCGCUGAGCUCCACCGUCAACCCCUCCAGCUUCAGCACCUCCAAAACGAGCAUCGCUCCGUUUGCCAUCACCGCUCUGUUCUGGAUCACCUCCUCCACCAAAGCCACGGCCUCCCCUGAGCCACUGGUCACCACCACUGCCAAGACUCUGCAGCCCACUGCAUCCGGAGCGCUAACCACCUCCAUUGUGGGGCGAACCCCCACCAGCAGCAGCCCUCUCUCUGUUGUCACACACUCAACCAUAGAAACCACUGAGGCUACAACACAUUCAGCAGCGGUUACUCCAACUGUAACAGCUUCCAUUCCUGCUCCGAUCCCAGAGACAUCUGUGGUCACAGGCAGAACCACAGCUCCCAGUGUGACCACAACAGCCUCCACAUACGCCACCACAAAGAUGGUAACAGAGGAGAGACUUCCUCCAACAACAACCACACUGAUCCCACCUGGUUCACCAAGCACAGCUUUCACAACCACAUCACCGCUCUCAUCGUUGCCUCCUAUCGAAACAGGAACUGUGUCUUUGCCCACAGCCACUUCAGCAGAGACCACAGAAUCAGAAACACCAGCACAGUUAACUACCAGUAAAACAACACAACACCUAACAACAGGGACAACAACACCAACAACAACUACGAUUCAGUUAACUCCCCCGAUGGAACUAACAACCUCCACCACAUCAGCCUCUGAGUCGCCAACGUCAACCCAAUUCCAUGUUACAACAACUACAACUGCAACAUCUGCUCCGACCUCAGCUGCUGCAGCCUGGAGGACGACGACAGAGAAAGUGGACGUACCUGAGACUACAGUUCCUGAAAAACCUGCAGCUACAACACCUGCACCUCCAUCUCCAGAGGUUACAACCACAACAGCUCCUCCUGCUUCCACCUCCACAGUCUACACUGAGAGAACCUCCUGGUCCACUGCCAUCCCGACCACAGAGAAAACCACUCACAGCACUUUUCCACGACCGUCAGAAGCUCAAGAAGGGUCCACCAUGUCCACAGGUCCUCCUGUCACAACAAAACCCACUGAAAUGCCAGAGUCUCAUACUGAAACCACGACUGCACCAAUGACAGAGAGCUUCGUUCAUCCUGCAACCACCCUGCGGAGCUCUGAGCAAUGGCAUCCCACCCAUCAGGAGACCUCCUCCACCUCAGUCUACAGCCCUACAGAGACAAUUACACCAGAAGUCACUUCUGAACCUGUUGUCCAUGUGGUCACUUCCACCAAAACUACAGCAUCUCCUCAUCCUGCAGUAACAACAACGAAGCCGGUGGUCACCUCUGCAAUGUCACCGGCUGUCACAAGCUCCGCUGCUCAAACUACGACCUCAACUGCAGAAAUCGAAGCCACCACAACCAGGACAUUGUUUACACCUCCACCACCUGCACCUGGUGAGCCUGAGACGCCCCUCACCACAGCCCCUACAACAGCUCCACCAGGUGAUGUCGCCACCACGCCCAGACCUGUCAUCUUCCAGCCAUUUACAGAGACUACACAUCCAGUGACAGGCAGAGUGGAGGUGGCAACAACCAUGCCACCUCCAUCUUCGACACCGAUGCCCACAACUACGUUGGCAUCCCCACGGACGACAACUUUUUCAGACAAAGUCACCACCCGUUUGGUGUCCACUGCAAGAGCUUCACCUGCCACAACCGCUUCAACCAUCAUACGGACGACGACCCUCAGGACGACACCCAGAGUUCCUGUGACAACAAGAGUCACCCCAAGGAUCACCGUGACCGAGCGGUCAACAGUCAGGCCACAUACUGCAAGGGUUACCAUAGCAACAUGGCCCCCAACAGUGACCACCAGAUCGACCACUCUCGGUCCGACGACUGUCGCACAGAGCCCCGGCACAACAACCAUGUCAGCAGUGCCAUCUGCAACCGUCGCAACAUCUCCAGAGUCCGUCACCACAGUGAGCACGACCAAGCUUGACAACAUGACCACAGCAGUUCCUGUCCCGACCCCCAUCACCCCACGAGUGCCGGUUCCCACUCUAACAACGGUCACAGCAUCUACUGCCAUCCCCAUGACAACCAGCAGAGAGCCGGUCACAUCUGAGAAAACUAAGACGACCAAAGAGACUGAAGUGUCGACAUCCACAUCCCAACCAGUGAUGCCGCCACCUGACGAGCUCAUCUCCACGCAGCAGCCCGGGACAGCCUCUCCUGCUGUGACGUCACACCCAACAACCACCAGGGUCCAAACCACUGAGUUGGACAAAGCGGGUCAGACCAGUCCAGGUGCAACAGCGUCUCCUGCACCUGCAACGACCAGUCACGCGGCGGAGGGCACAACAUCUGAGGCUGUGGCCCCAAUGAGGACGUGCACUCCUCCGUACGCAGAGAUCGUUGACGAGUGCACAAAGUACAUCUGCGUAAACAACCAGCUCAUCCUGUUCAACAAAUCUCAGAGCUGUCCUUUCACCUCCGAACCCCCGAAUUGUGGCCUGCUCGGCUUCGCCAUCCUGGUCAAUGGGGACAAGUGCUGCCCUCAGUGGGACUGUCCAUGUCGCUGCUCGAUGUUUCCAGACUUGAACGUCAUCACGUUUGAUGGGAACAGUGUUGCCAUAUACAAGGCGGCCUCAUACAUCGUGACCCAGCUGCCCAACGAGACUGUCAGCGUCCUGGUUCAGGAGUGUCCCGCGGACUCUGAGUCACUACUCUGGAAUUUCACCAACCUCUGUCUGGUGGCGUUAAACAUCACACACAAUUCCAACCACAUCGUCAUCAACCGACUGCAGAGGAGGCUUUACAUCAAUUCCCGAUACGCCAAACCUCGUUUCAAGAAGUAUGGCUUCGAGAUCUACGACACAGGAAACAUGUACCUGAUCCGCAGCCCCGCCGGUCUGAGGCUGCAGUGGUAUCACAGCACCGGGAUGAUGGUGAUUGACAGCUCCAGCAACAAGCUUCCUACCAUGGGCCUCUGUGGUUUGUGUGACGGAGACCCAACCAACGACCUGACCUUGGCCAACGGCACCACAGUGGGCGUGAGCGAGGAUCCGGCUCUUUUCAUCGACAGCUGGCAGGUUCCCAACACCACCAGCUACAUCAGCCAGAGCCGCCGCCGCGAGCUCAACUGCUCGACCAGCAACUGCUCCGUGUGCAUGGACAUGCUGCAGAACCACCACUUCUCCCCCUGCCACGCCUUCGUCCCGCCCAGCACAUUUUGUGAGGUCUGGGUCCGAGAUGCAGAGUACGUCAACAACCAGUGUGUGGCGCUGGCUGCAUAUGUGGCCUUGUGUCACAAAUUUAAUAUCUGCAUCGAGUGGAGGAGUCCGGAUCACUGCCCCUUCACGUGUCCCGACACUCUGCGGUAUCAGGCCUGUCUGCCGGCGUGCAGGUCUCAGUCCUGCCCCAACCACGACUUCGACUCAGACCCCGACCACUGUUCAGGCCUGACUGAGGGCUGCGUGUGUCCUGAGGGGACGCUGCUCCACCGACCCUACUCCGCCCUCUGCAUCUCACCCGAGAAAUGCGCCUGCACUGACAGCUCCGGCGCUCCCCGUGCACACGGCGAGGUGUGGAAGGCCUCGAAGGACGCCUGCUGCAUGUACCGCUGCGACAACGACUCCAUCGUCCACGUGGAGUACAACUGCUCCAAUGUGGUGGCGCCCGUGUGCCGCAGAGCAGGGGAGGUGAUCAUCAGCCUGGCUGACGACACCAGCUGCUGCCCACAGAGAGUCUGCGUUUGUAACCAGAGCCUUUGUGACCUGGUCCCUCCUGAGUGUAAAUACGGGGAGAAGCUGGUUUCGUACUACAGGCAGGACUCCUGCUGUCCACAUUACGUCUGUGAGUGUGACCCUGAUCUCUGUGGGUCGGACGUUCCCACCUGCAGAGAAGACCAGACUCUGAUCGCCACCAGAGCCGACGACAGCUGCUGUCUGGCCCACAUCUGCAUGUGUUCCUCCUCCUGUCCGGAGACUCCUCCUCUCUGUCAGAACGGGGAGGUGCUGACAGUCGACGGAAACGUCACCGACCGCUGCUGCCCCGCCUACCAGUGUGUGUGUGAGCCCUACAGGUGUCCUCAGCUCAGUUGUGCCGUUGGGAUGUCGGUGUUGUCGACGUCCGGUCCGAGUCGCUGCUGCCCAAACCAAACAUGUGAAUGUUCCUGUGAGAAAAUCGCUUCCCCAAAAUGUGGCCUGGGAGAGGCCGCUCAGCUGGACCGGGCCUUCCUGUCCGACCCACAGAACCAGUGCGCCUGCAAAAGAUACAAGUGUGUGCGCGAGGCGGUGUGCUUGUUUGGCGAGCGGGGGGUGCUGCGGCCGGGCCAGACUCUGGUGGAGCACGGGGACGACGGCCUGUGUCACAGCCGGCAGUGCAGCCGCAGCCUCGACCCAGCGAGCGGCUUCCACCUGCUCCGCACCUCCAGCAUCAACUGCUCCACCCACUGCCAGCCGAAUCAGAUCUACGUCCCUCCCAAAGACCAGUCGACAUGUUGUGGCGUUUGUAAGAACAUUUCCUGCCUCUAUGAACAUGAGAACGGGACGGUGGCUCUCUAUAAGCCGGGGAAAUCCUGGGUAUUGAACUGUGUGAAGUUCGACUGCACAGACACUUUGUCCGGACCCACGCUCAUCUCCUACUCCUUCAGCUGCCCCCCCUUCAACGAGACCGAGUGUAUGAAGAUCGGUGGAACAGUCGUAAGUUACAUGGACGGAUGCUGCAGAACAUGUACUGGACUCCCUCUGUUCCCUUUCCCCGUUAGCCCCCUGACUCCCACAGUUAACACAAACUGUGAACGAGGCAAAGAAGAUGGAAAGUCGUGUCAGAAGGUGACGGUGAGGAUGACGAUCAGGAAGAACGACUGUCGCAGUAACAGGCCGGUGAACAUCGUGUCAUGUGACGGGAAGUGUCCGUCUGCCAGCAUCUACAACUACAACAUCAACACGUACGCUCGCUUCUGCAAGUGCUGCCGCGAGACGGGGCUGCAGCGGCGCUCGGUGCAGCUCUACUGCAGCGGCAACGCAACCUGGGUCAGCUAUGGCAUCCAGGAGCCCACCGACUGCUCCUGCCAGUGGUCCUGAACACACACACACACACAGACACACAAAGUAAGAUGUUGUGGUGCAUCUGCUGGCAGGGAGGACAAACUGCAGCUUCGUCUGCAGCAGUGACGACUUUAUUUAUCAUUUUUAUUAAUAGUUUUGAUUUUAGCCGAGAAAGGUUUUGAUGCUGCAAGAUUCAAUUUUACCCAAAAUAAAUGUACAAACUGCACUUAAAGCUGUUUACGUAUAAUUUUACCAUCAUCUGUAGUUAAAGAUGGACGACAUGGCUGCUCGUCAAAAGUGAAGCCAAAUCAUCUCGAUCGCCUCUUGCUGGCUGGCUGCG